CUUCCGGCAAGCACGUGUUAUUUUGUAAACAUAUUUGUAAGAUUUUAUUAUUAUUUGACCGAUAUGGCCAAAAAGAACAGCAAAAUACCAAAACCUUCAAAGGUGAAGGGGAAGGUAUCAAACAGAAUAAACAAUGCAACUCACAGUAUGAACCCAGAUAGACCUGUUAAAGGUAAAGGACAAGGUGGUGGUAAUGUACGAUCUAGAGCUACUAUACAGCGACUGCGUAUGUACAAACAUUUCAAACCUGUCAGAGAUAAAAAUGGUAAAAUUAUAAGAUCAGCUCCAUUUCAAUCAGUAUUGGCAUCUGGUACUGUAGCUAGAGUAGAACCUGAUAGAAGAUGGUUUGGAAAUACAAAAGUUGUAUCUCAAAAUGCACUACAAGGUUUCCAGGAAGAAAUGGCUAAAGUUAAGAAAGAUCCAUACAAAGUUGUUAUGAAACCAUCUACAUUGCCUGUCACUUUGUUGAAUGAAGUUGCCAAGUACAAGAGAGUUCAUCUUUUAGAUACAGAAACAUUUGAAAACACAUUUGGAAAGAAAUCACACAGAAAACGACCUAGCAUUAAAACUGGUGAUCUAGAGGUCAUGGUUAAUAAAGCAGAAGAAUCAGGAGAGAAAUAUGAUAGUAAUAAAGAUAAAGAUUUAGUUAUUGAAGAUGAUGGAAUGAGAAAAGAAGCAUUAGAAAUGAUAUUUAAAGCAGGGAGAUCUAAAAGAGUUUGGGGUGAACUGUAUAAGGUAAUAGAUUCAUCUGAUGUUGUAGUACAAGUAUUAGAUGCUAGAGAUCCACUGGGUACUAGAUGUUAUCAAGUAGAGAAUUAUAUUAAAAAAGAAAAACAACAUAAACAUAUUAUAUUUGUGUUGAAUAAAGUAGAUUUAGUACCUGUUUGGGUUACACAAAAAUGGGUGGCCAUUUUGUCUGCAGAACACCCAACAAUGGCCUUUCAUGCUAGUAUUACAAAUCCUUUUGGUAAAGGAGCUCUUAUUAAUUUACUUAGACAGUUUGGAAAGUUGCAUGCAGACAGAAAACAAAUAGCAGUAGGUUUUAUAGGAUAUCCCAAUGUUGGUAAAAGUUCUAUUAUUAAUACAUUAAGAGCUAAGAAAGUGUGUAAAGUAGCACCAAUUGCUGGUGAGACCAAGGUAUGGCAGUAUAUAACAUUAAUGAGAAGAAUCUAUUUGGUAGAUUGUCCUGGUGUUGUAUAUCCAUCUGGUUCAACACCUACAGAUUGUAUAUUGAAAGGAGUGGUUAGAGUGGAAUAUGUCAAAGCACCAGAAGAUUAUAUACCAGCUCUUCUUAAAAGAGUUAAAAAAGAGUAUAUGUGUAAAACAUAUAAGAUAGAAGAUUGGAAGGAUUCAGAAGACUUGUUGGAACAAAUUGCUAGAAAGUCUGGAAAGUUGCUAAAGAAAGGUGAUCCUGAUUUACCAACUGUAGCCAAAAUGAUAUUAAAUGAUUGGCAAAGAGGCAAAAUACCAUAUUUUGUUAGACCACCAGAAUCAGAGGUAGGAAAUAUUAUAGAUUACUCCAAUCAUUCAUAA